AAGAAAACGCCAUUGGACUAGGCUACUUUUACAAAUACCUAUCUUCAAAAAAUAAAAUGGAGCUUGAAACUCGGAAAAAACACUUUCACAGGGAAAGAUCACAUCUAUGGAAGUUUUUCAUGGGGUUGUGUCUACUGGUGAUCAUGAGUUGUCUGGUUGUGUGGUCUUAUACUGGCAAUGAAAGGAAGAUACACCUUCCACCCAGCUUUUUGUCCCUGCACUUUGCAGGAAUAAGUACAAACUCCACUUCUCCUUUAGUGCUCAGUUCAGAAGAGUCAAGCUCCUUUUACUCUGAAAAAGGAAUCAAUUUAGACGACUACUCCAGGUUACAGCAGGAUGUUUACUGGGCCGGGCCUGACAGACCAAUCACAAAUGUGUACAUGAGUACUAGUCCAGACCGCACCAAAUUCAUCAUUCAGAACCUGAAAGAGAGCUAUCAAAUUGGUGAGGAGCUUUAUGUUACGGUGCACGCAAAGGAUUUUGACAACAAAUCCAAGCGUUAUGGAGGCGACUUUUUUCAAGCCAAGCUAUUCUGGUCUAAAACUAAGGCCAGUGUUUUUGGAGAGGUGGUGGACCUGCUCAAUGGCUCCUACUCUGUACGUUUCCUCUUGCCGUGGGUCGGCGAGGCACAGGUGGCUGUGCGUCUAAUUCACUCCAGUGAAGCUGUGCAGGUCCUGAAGCAUCACAGAGAGACAGACUCUGACAGAGUGUUCUUUAACGGAUAUUAUGAGGGACCAGGACCAAAUAAAACCAGGCUGAGUGAAACAGUGAUGUGUAAUGUAAAGAGGGACAACAAUGAACUAGAGCAUUUGGAAACAAAAGACUGCUGCUGUGAAUACAACGAUCCCCGUACCGGAGAAACUUGGCGCUGUCAGAGACCCAAAUCGCUGCCAUGCAGUGCCCUUGUGUACCACUCUAUGGGUGGUUAUAGAAACCGCCUGACUAAAAAGGAGAAAAUACUUUUGAAGCAAACUAACAAAGGUAUCAAUGGAGAUAAAAGGAUCAUCAAAAUCGUUCAUUCUGAGGGAAAUGAAACUAUUGAUGUUCCAGAGAAAUGUCACCCUGGUUUACAUACUCCAAUUCCAGCUGGCUUUUACUUGAAUGAUGUGUGGACGUCAUUUGUCUGUCACACCCGCCAUUUUACAACCCAAACGACAACAGAGUGUCUGAAAGACAAACACAUACACAUGAUGGGAGACUCUACUACAAGACAGUGGUUUGAGUUCUUUGUGAAAGCAAUACCAACCCUGAAGCAGAUGAACCUGCAUGUCCAAUAUAAGUCAGGGCCACUCAUAGCAGUGGAUGUGAAUAACAACAUUGACUUACACUGGAGGUCUCACGGCGUUCCUGUGCGCACUCCGAAAACAGCAUUCGCUGAUCUGCACUACAUCAGUAAUGAGAUCGAUGACCUCGCUGGAGGAUCCCACACAGUCAUUAUCUUCAAUCUGGGACCCCAUUUCACCACAUACCCUCUGGAUUUCUUCAUCCAUAGAGUGUUGAGAAUUCGCAAAGCUGUUCUAGCAUUGUUACAGCGGGCACCUGAUACAACUGUUAUAAUCAAGACUGCCAACACUGGCUAUAAGGAUAUUUUUGGCAGUGACUGGUAUUCUCUACAGCUGAACAGAAUUCUGUACUGGGCUUUUCAGGAUGUUGGCGUUUAUAUUGUAGAUGUUUGGCAAAUGACCGCAUGUCACUACAGCAAAGAGAACAUUCAUCCUGGCCCUAAGAUUAUUAAAAAUGAGAUUGACAUUUUACUCUCUUUUAUUUGCCCUUACUGAAUUUAAAUGUAAUUAUCUUGAAAAUGUUGUUCAAUAACUGUUAUUACAAGAGAAAAGCUGUCUGAAAAAACACUGAGAAAUCCUGUUUGACUUCCCUGAGUUGUAAUUUUUUUAAAGAAUGGUUUAGUACAUGUCAGAGACCUCAUUUUGUGUAUUAUCAUCUUCAAAUUGGAAAAGCAACUUUUUGACUUACUAAAUACACCUGCUGUCUGUGUCAUUAUCAAUCAACUUUAAUAAUAGCUUUAAUAAUAAUCAGUUUAUCUGUAAUUAAUAACUAUGCAGUGAUUAUUUUUACAUGUUUAUUCAAUUUCUGUAUUAAUUCUGACUUGAAUAAUUCUGUUAAAUACAUGUAAAAUUAGAUAAAGUAAAGCACUUAAUUUAGUUUGUUUCUUUCUAUUGUAUUUGUUACUGUUUGUUAUUUGCAACAUUGUUCUUAUAUUUAAUAACAGAUAAAAA